AUGUACUUUGAUGACAUUUCCGCCUGGUUAAGACCUUUGGAAGACUUCAAAGUAGGCAACCCUUCGAAGAACAUAUACCAGCCGAGCAUAUAUACCCAACUCUCAACCUUCUCUGAAUCAUCAUUUUUUGCAUUAGAUGAACUUCAUUUAAUUGCAAGAGGGAUUGGAAAGCUUGUGUAUGACCUGAUUACCGUCACCCUCACAAAGGAAACCAAAUUUUAUUAUACCCAUCCAGACAAUACCCUCAAUACCAUCGAAUACCCUUUUCAUAUACCAAGAGCAGACCUUGUAACAAUUGGAAACUGUAUCACCAGCUCACAAAAAUAUAUACCCACCUCAUUUCAAGGCAGUUUCGACAACGUAUUUGCCAAGAUCAAUGGUAUUCAUGCAGUGGACUGGCUUGACUUUCUCUUAUACCUUGUCCCCACUUUGGUCGUGCCUUAUUUACCAAAUAGGGCUGUCAAAACAGCUCUAUUAUCUCUCGUGAAAGGUUGCGCACUUGCCUUGCAAUGGACGUUGACAUCAGAAUUGCUUGAUGAGAUGGAGUCUGUUUUCCGACUAGUGCAACAUUACCUGGUCCAUAUACCCUAUAUCAUCAAGCAGCAAGGCCCCCUGCGAUGCUACUCCACUUGCUCAAUGGAGAGAGUAAUUGGCAUCUUCUUGAAAUUGAUAAAGUCCAAAUCAAAGGGUGGCCAAAACGCCAGUUUUCUUGUUGAGCGAUUUGCAAUUCACAAUUAUACCAGCACGGCAAUCAGCAUCUGUGAUGAAAUCAACCUCAUUUGGCCAAAGCCAUAUGGAAGAGAGAGCUACAUGGACCUUCCUAAUGAUCCUAGUGGUGCGCAGUUGUGGGAGCCAUUUCAUCAGUUUGUUAAUUUGAACGAUGAUUCAGUGGAAGGUGUAGGUGGCCCUAGUGUGAAGGAAGCUUUAUUGAAAUACUACCAGAGAACAACAGACUUGACUGGCCACGAGUUUGGUGACUCUGUUGUUGUUGUAGCUGCACGUCUGUGGAUGGACUCGACUGUAUAUUCCUCAUGCAUGUACCAAAGAAAGAAAAACAAGACCAGCCGUAGCAACCAUUACGUGAUGUUUACUUGCCCCUAUAGAAACAACCGUAAUGUAAUUGUUCACAGCUGGCUCGUCGGUACAGUACAGUUCUACUUUCAGCAUGUAGAUUUCUAUGGCUUCCCACACUUUCUUGCUUUCGUGGAGGUCAUGAAGGAACAUGACGUGGCUGACCAUGACUCAUCAGUACCUAUCAUCAAACAACAGUCACAAAGCACCCGUACACUAGGCCACUAA